AUGGCGUCUACGAAUACGAAAAGUGUGCCUAUGGAAACUUCUGAUGUUACAACGACGACUUCAACUGUUAAUGUUCCAGAGACGACUAGUGUAGUUUCCGAAAGUGAGCCAAUAAUUACCGAAACAGUUACAAUUACUGAUACAAUAAUGUCUAGUGAGGACUUGGAGAAUACAAUACCUACUUCCACUACGCCCGUUAUAACUGAACAUAUGAUGUACACUCCUAUUGUGACAACUGAAACCAAAGUAUCCACGCCUAAUGUAACUGAAAUCGUGGAAUCAAAGUUGGAAUCGGUUACUAAAAGUGAGCCAACGAGGAAAACGGAUGAAGCUAUAAACGAUAAUGAUAAUGUUAUAUCAUCGGCUACAACAAAUGAAUUUGUAGAAACCAAUCUUGUAAAAGAUUCUUCGGAAGAACCUGGGGGGAAAGUUGAACAAAACGAAUCAAAUGAAAAUGAAAAUGAGAAUAUGAGAUCUAUUUCCAAUAGCUCCAAUUAUACUACUGACGCAAAUAUUCCCAAUGAAGACUUUGGUCGAAAGCCGUCUAGUACGCGACUUAAGAGAAGUAAAACUAAAAUUAAAAAUCGUAUCUCAACCGGUAAAGUACGUAGAAUUUAUUCUAAUAUAGAUUUACCAAAAGAGGACCUUGACCGAAAGGGUAGACCAAAGGCUAGAUAUGUUACCAAUAAAAUUGUCACUUCCAAGUAUACUACGUGGACUUUCUUACCUAAAAAUUUAUUUGAACAAUUUCGAAGAGCUGCAAAUUUAUAUUUCUUGUUCAUGGCUAUACUUGGUAUGAUACCAAUUAUUAGUGUCAACAAUCCAAUUUUGACAUUGCUUCCUCUGUCAACUGUCGUCUUCUUUACUGGACUUAAGGAUGCCAUUGAGGAUCGAAAUAGACAUCAUAUUGACAAACAAUUUAAUAGCGCGAUAUGCUAUCAUCUUCAAAAUUUUGUUAACGUUAAUUAUCCAAGAAAGCAAAAGGUACCGUUUUGGAAAAGGAUGAUUCUUAGAAUUAAAUCCUUAUUUAACAGUUCAUCCACAAGUCCAACAGAUGAUGCUCCUCCACAGGGCAUAAUAGAAGAUCUAAGUUCUGUUAAUAAUGAUGAUUCACCUCCAUCCGAACCCUCGAAUGAAAAACAUGGAUCUCCUAUAUUCAGAAAAGUCAUGUGGAGGAAUGUUCGUGUCGGAGACUUUUUGUUCCUUAGGAAUAAUGAUGCUGUACCGGCUGACUCCAUUAUUCUGUCUACAUCUGAGCCUGAAGGAACUUGUUUUGUGGAAACAAAAGAUCUUGACGGUGAAACUAACUUGAAACCUCGUCGGUGUGUUCCUGACACAAGUCAAAUAUGCUCCCCUGAAGAUUGUGUCAAAGCCAAUUUUUACGUUGAUUCAGAAGCCCCAAAUUCAAAUUUAUAUUCUUAUAGUGCAACUUUGGUCAUGACUGAACCAGAUGAGGAUCAUACUUCGACAUCAGCCGAAAGGCCUUCUUCACCAAGAAGUAGCAUCGCUCUUUCAGAACGUAAAUGGAAACAGCGAAAGACUAUUCCUGUUGACAUCAACAAUUUAUUAUUGAGAGCUCAUGUGAUCCGUAAUACAGAAUGGGUUAUUGCUAUAACUGUAUUCACUGGUGUUGAAACUAAAAUUAUGCUCAAUUCUAGUGAAACACCAAGCAAACGUAGUAGAAUUGAAAAAGAAAUGAAUCGCGAGGUUAUUCUUAAUUUUUUCGUUCUCAUAAUUCUUGGUUUGAUUUGUGCAAUUGGCAGCGCGUUAUCGACAGAGGCAUUAAAAAAUCGUGCCGGUGAUGUUGCUGUCAAUAAUCUGGAUUCAAAUCGUGAUGGUGUUUUUGUAGCCGCAUUCAUUACCUUUAUGGCAAGUUUGAUUAUAUUUCAAAACAUCAUUCCAAUUUCUUUAUAUAUUUCAAUUGAGUUUGUUAAGUUAUGGCAAGCUUAUUUCAUUUAUAAUGACUUACAAAUGUGGGAUGAUGAUUCUCAGACCGCCGCUGUUCCAAAAUCGGCAAGUUGGAAUUUAUCAGAUGAUCUGGGACAAAUUGAAUAUAUAUUUUCUGAUAAAACCGGUACAUUGACCCGUAACAUCAUGGAGUUUCGUCAAUGUUCAAUUGAUGAUAAAGUUUAUGGUAGAAAUGGUUGGGGUGGUAAAACAGAUGCUGAGAAAGGGAAAGAGUUGAUUCAAGGAGAACAAAAUGUGGAGAAACAAGAUCUGGAUCAAAAAGAAAUUUUUAAUCAAUAUUUAAAUGAAUUAAAAAAAACAUUUGAGCCUAAAUAUUCGAGCACAGAUCCGAACUUUUUAACAUUUGUUGAUCCUGAAAUCUAUAAAGAUUUAAGGGGUGAAAAUGAUGAAACGAGCGAUGACGUCGGGGAAGAAUCAAAUUCCGGUGGGAAAUUAGAGCAUAAGCGCAAAAGGUCUAAUUUGUUGAGAGAAUUUUUUACCUUGUUAGCAGUAUGUCAUACUGUUGUAGUGGACGAAAUCCCUUCUGUAGCAGAUUCUGAAAGUCAAGGAUCAGGUAGUAGUAAUAAAAGAAAAACUUCAAAUAAUGAGGCCACACCUGAAGAUACUAGUGAUCCAAAUUUGGAUGAAAAUAUUGAAGAUCAGAAUCAUUCAAACCUUGACCCUACUAAAAAAAAACUUAAAAGUUCACUUAAACAAAUAUUACCGUCAUUCAAAAAACUUGAAUCAGCUCUAAGUCCUCUUCCUAAUGGUACUACAAAAUCCAUUCCAAUCGAUAGAACGGUUGUUAAAAAUAUUGUUUACAAAGCAGAAUCGCCUGACGAGGCGGCCCUUGUAGCAGCAGCAAAAAACGUUGGAUUUUCAUUCUUAUCACGAACGGCAAACACUCUUACGGUUGAUAUUCUUGGUAAGGAGCACAUUUUUGAAAUUUUAAACACAUUAGAAUUCAAUUCAACGCGUAAGAGGAUGAGCGUGAUUGUUCGUCGUCCGGAUGAAUUGGGCGGUGGUAUUGUAUUAUUUUGUAAAGGAGCUGACAAUGUCAUUAUGGAAAGAUUGGCUAAAGGUCAAGAAGAAUUUGUUGAGGUUACAAAUCAGGAUAUUGAAGAUUUUUCAAAUGAUGACUUAAAUGAAGCGCAAUACAACUCAUGGUCAAGGAAAUAUAACGAAGCCGCAUCCUCAUUGACAGAUCGUUCCGAAAAAAUUGAUGCUGUUUCUGAACUUAUUGAAAAUGAACUUAUUCUUUUGGGUGCAACCGCUAUCGAAGAUAAACUUCAAGAAGGUGCUCCAGAAUGUAUUGCAUCUCUUCGUGAGGCCGGUAUUAAAGUUUGGGUAUUGACUGGUGAUAAGUUGGAAACAGCAAUUAAUAUUGGAUUUGCUGCGCAAUUAUUAACAAAAGAGAUGAGACUCUGGAUUGUGAGAGGUUCCAAUAAAGAAAGUGUCAUGAAUCAGUUCAAUAAUGUAGCUGGUUCACUCAUAGGUGAUCAAAGCGUUAAAAGAUUCACGGAAGAUAGAGAGGAAAUUCCACCCAUAACAGAAGGAGAAGUUCACGCAUUUGUGGUCGAUGGCGCAGCAUUAGCACAUUUGUUAGAUAAUGAUACGGUUCGACAACAAUUAAUUCAAUUAUCAAAUGUUUUCCAUUCCGUUAUAUGUUGUCGCGUGAGUCCUCUUCAAAAAGCUAUGGUAGUUGAGUUGAUUAGAAGAGGGAAAAGGUCAACAACAUUAGCAAUUGGCGAUGGAGCUAAUGAUGUCAGCAUGAUUCAAGCCGCGAAUGUCGGUGUCGGCAUAUCUGGACAAGAAGGUGUCCAGGCAGCGAUGGCAGCUGAUUAUUCCAUUGCACAAUUCCGGUUUCUUAGGACACUUUUGCUAGUUCAUGGACAUUGGGAUUAUCUGAGAAUUUCAGAGAUGAUACUAAACUUCUUUUAUAAAAAUGUGAUUUGGGUAUUUCCGGUGUUAUGGUAUCAAAUAUACUGUUUUUUUGUACAGUUAUAUAAUAUGUUAUUUACUGUGGCACCGGUUAUUAUAUUAGGAGCAACAGAUCAAUCAGUUGGGCAACGAUAUUGUCUACGAUAUCCAAGUAUUUAUACCCUGGGAAUAAAACAAGCAAGAUAUUCAAAAGUAUUAUUUGGAUUAUAUUUCCUCGAUGGUAUAUGGCAAUCAUUGGUGGUAUAUUUCACAUUUAAUUAUAUUUACUCCUUAUCAACAAAUAUCACAUCAGCUGACGGAACUCCAGCAGGAACAAUAGAAUUUAGUACAGCAGUAGCGGUUACAGUAGUUGUAAUCGCAAAUUUAUUUAUUGGAUUUAACACAUAUUAUUGGACAUGUCCAAUACUUGGCAUAGGACAACAAUUGUUUAGCGAUGUAGUAUUUUGGUUUGGCAUGCUAUUUGCUAUAUUUGUGGCCGGAUUACCGAGAUAUUUUGUAUUGUUCCUUAAGCAAUGGUGGUAUCCUGAUGAUUUAGAUAUCGUUCGACAAAUUAGAAAAAAGGAGAAAACCGACAAGAAAAAGAAUGAAAAACGACCCGAAUCUAAUGAUAAACAACCAGUCAUUAAUUAG